GUGUGCUGUUCAGCCUCUUAUAAAAGGAUAGAGAAUGGGGACUGCGCACUGCACCUAUACAUUGCAACACUAAAGCUAGCUUUGAGAAGAGAAAAAAGCCAAGAGAAGAAGAAGAAGAUGGACAGUGGCGGUUCAUCCGGUGGAAACAACCAAGGCAAGAAAAAGGGCAAGAAACGUGUGCUGACCGCUGAAGAGCUGGAAAACCGGCGGCUUGAGAACGUGCAGCCUACCUCUUGGGACGAUGAAUGGAUUGUAACACUGAACAUCACAGAUAAUGUGGUGGAGGAUGAAGACACUAGCAGCAUCGUGAGCAGUUUCUCGACAGACAGCCCCUUCUCGAUAGACGCCGAGGAGGAGACUGACAAGGAGGAGGCUGACAAUGAGGAGGAGGAGGAGGCUGACAAGGAGGAGGAGGAAGAAGAGGAGGAGGAGGAGGAAGAGGCUGACGGAGACGGUGACAAGAAAAAGGAGGAGGAGGAUCAGACUGACGACGAUGAUGGCGACCAGACUGACGAUGGCAAUGGCGAGGACCUCAGCUAACUCCAAGCUCUGCUUAAGACAGACUAAAUGAUUUGCUGGUAAUAAGAAGCCUUAUGCAUCUUCUGGGCAGCUAUAUUAUGUAUAUCCGAAGCCUUGUUGUGUUAGUAUCGGAACCCUGCAUGCACGUACGCAUGCUUAUUUAUGUAUGUCUGUGUACCACUAUGUUUCUGUCUAAAGUAUGCGAGUGAAACAUUCUAAUUUGGGGA